GGCACCUGCCAAGUGUGGUCUCCACCGCAAUUCCAGCAUGUCGAUGGCGCUGUGAUUUGCGAGUAUUCCGUGAAUUUUCCCGUAAAUACAUUACAUCACAGCAUCGUUGUCUUUCGAGUUAAUCGAAUUUCGCGAUUAACAUCCAGGCAUGAAUAACCGGGCAAAGGAGAGACCAAAGGUCUUGAAAAUGUUUCUUCAAAGCGCCAUCUGCAACUUGAUCAUUUGCCUGGUUUCAUUGACAAACGCAGCAGGGUAUGAUUUUGGCAGAAACUCUCCGCUUCAAAUGGAUGUCACUGCUGGCAAGGCCAUAACAAUCUGCACAGGGAUGAAACGAGCAAUUGCAUGUCGGGAUGGCUCUAAUAUUGCUAUAACACACGCAUUCUGGGGAAGAGUUUCCGACAAGGUGUGUCCAUCAGACGACGGUGAUCCUGUCACCGACUGCGAAGGAGCAGAAGAAACUAUUGAUCUGGUACGUAGCUACUGCGAAGGCAAACCAGGAUGCACACUGCAAGCUAGGCACCAGUAUCUACAGAAAAAUGGAACUCACCAUUGUCCUGGGGUAAACAAGUAUCUUGUCGUUAAUUACACAUGCAUUCCAGACUCCAAAGGCGUCGUCUUGUGUGAUUCCGAGGAGUCCCUCCUAGAGUGCAAAGCAGGCUGGAGAAUAGACAUCACUGAUGCAUUCUGGGGCAGGAGAGCAAACUCAAAAUACUGUCCAACAGGGAUGCAAGAGAUGGAGUGCGAUAACGGGCCCUCAGCAAAAGCAAACCUGAAAAAGAAGUGCGACGGUCAAAGCUCGUGUAUAGUUAAAGCAACCUCCGACGAGUUAGAAGAUAAAAAAACUGUAUGCCCAGGAAAUUUACUGUACUUACUACUGAACUAUGCAUGCAGAUCCUCUUCGACAAAGGGGGCAAAGACAAUUGACGUGGACGAUGAUGUAGACGCAACUGUUGAAAACAAACUCCUUGCUGAUACUUCAUCCAAGGAACUGAUGGGUCUUCUCGAAAAGCAUUUGAACGAACUUCAGACAAAGCCAGCACAAAACAGCAACAACAAAAAGGGAGCAUUGGACAGUGACGAUGAGAAGGAGAAGGAGAAGGAAACAAAAUCAACCAAUAAAAAGGCGUCUGGAAGCAGCAGCAGCAAAUCAAAAAGCUCUGCGAAGAAAGCGGUGAAAACAGACGAGAAGGCAACUGCCGAGUUGGUGCCACAACCGGCCAGCACGACGGCGGGAUUUAUUAGGUCAAUACCGAGCGGAACGGAGCAGAAAGAGACACCGGCAAUGGAUAUGAAAGAAACCGAUGCGUCGAAGAAAAUGCAGGAGACUGUUCCAGCUGCAGCUACAGGCGAAAAGAAGCAGAUUCUACCAAAAGCAAGCAUCGAAACACCAGUCGACGAGCCAAGUUACGAGGUUUCGGAGCCAAACACGGUAAAGUCGAUUCUUGCAAGGGCGAAAGAAGUACUAAAAUCACUUGAUGACGAGAAAGAAGAGUCAAACGAAGAAUCUAAAAAUGAAGCGGGGGAGGCGAAAAAAAGCGCAAAAAAGAGUGAUAUUGUACGAAAAGACGAGGGCACUAUCAAUGAGGAUGACGCUGAUGCACAGAAACAGGCGAAGUCGGUAAAACAAGUCGUGAAACUUGCAGCGAAUCUCGUAAAAACAGCGAAUAAGUACAAAGAUUCGAAAAUCAAGUCAAAGAACGCCAAAACUCAAGCGGGUUCUUCUGCUGGAGAGAAAGGCUUAAACGCAUCGCAAUUUAAAAAUGAGAAGAAGCCAAAACCCGGACCAAAAAAGAGCGGACUAAGUGCAACUGGUCCCGGGAGAGCUGGUAUGGGCAACACACCAUAAAAGUUUGGCCCUUGCCAAUUUUUCGAGGACGGAAAUGAGCUGAGCUGUAAUACCAGAUGCACUCAUCGAUGCAUCAAGAAAUUUGGGAUUCUCUGUUUAAAAUAGAUCACAACAUGAGGAAGUGAAACAUGAUUUAUGGAAGCCAGUAGAGGUUACAUCCUUAUCAAACAAACAACGUUAUACGAGCGACAAUGAAAUGUCGUUCAUCGAGAUUUAAAAAGGAAAGAGUGGAUUCUUGUUUUGAAUGGCUUGUCGCGGAAUCACAACAACAUUUUUUAAAUGGCGAUGUUAAUUUUUGUCAUUUCACGCUUAUUUGCAUUAAACCUUCAAGGAAAGUAAGACUAGUAUCUCAUCAUUAUCAAAUUGUAUCUAUUAAUUUUCUUAUUGCGUUGAUAAAUUUAUAAAUCCAGUUAACGCCUGAUAGCAAGAUAACAUGACAUUGACCAGUAGACCAAA